CGUAGCACAUGGCACGUUCUCUUCGAGUGCAAAUUUUGAAGUGUUAAAAGAGUGUUUAUACUUUUGUAAACUUUGUUUUCUGUACAAUAUGGGAGCGUAUUUAGCUAAACCUAUAACUGAAAAAGAAUCUUUUGAUGAAUCUAAUGGCAAGAUUUCCUGUGGCGGUUCAGAAAUGCAAGGCUGGCGUGUCUCAAUGGAGGAUGCUCACAGUUGUAUAUUAGAUUAUGGUGAUGAUUUGUCAUUGUUUGGUGUCUAUGAUGGUCAUGGAGGGUCAGAAGUUGCAUCAUACACUGCAAAGAACCUACCCAGUUUCCUUAAAACAACUGAUGACUUUCGAGAUGGUAACCUGAAGGAUUGUCUUGUAAAUGGAUUCUUGCAGUUCGACCAGCAGCUUAUUUCUGAUGAGGUUAUGGCCAAACUCCGGGAAAUGGCUGGUUUAAAUGAUACGCAGGCAAAUGAUAGUGAGAUCACUGCCUUAAGAGAAGAAGCUGAGAUGCCAAUUCAUGAACUGAUGUCAAAGUUAAAACAGGGCGGAUAUAAUAUUGAAACUCUGAAAGAAGAUGAUGAAGAAAAUGAUCUAGAAAAAGCACCAAUGGAUGAAAAAGAUGAAGGCGAAUCCAGCAAAGUUGUAAAAAAAUCCGUCAAUAACAAUGUUGAUAAGGAAGAGAAAGAGAUUGUCACGGAUGAAAAACCAGCUGUAAAAGGAAAAUCUGACAAAGUUUCAGAGAUUUCUGAGGAGGCUGAAAAGAAACAGGAUGAUAAAGUGAACGGGGAGAAAAAAACAGAAGAAAAUGAUGGCGAUGAUGAUAAUGUGGAAAUUGAUGAGGAGGACGAUGAUGAUGAAGAUGAUGAUGAUGAUGAGGAUAGUGAAGACGACGAAGAGGAGGAUGUUGAAGAUGAAGACGAAGACCAGGCACAAUGGCAUGAUGGAGAUGAGGUUGGUUAUGACAGUGGAACGACAGCCAUCGUAGCGUUGUUAAAAAAAGACAAACUUCUCGUCGCAAACGUUGGAGAUUCCCGGUGCGUGUUGUGUCGAAAUGGCGUCGCCAUCGAUAUGUCCGUAGAUCACAAACCGGACGAUAAUAACGAGUUGAAACGAAUACAAAAUGCCGGUGGAAAAGUUACCGCAGAGGGUCGAGUUAAUGGGGGAUUAAAUCUUUCUAGAGCUUUAGGUGACCACCGGUACAAGGGAAAGAGCGAUUUAGGGGCAGAUGAACAACAAAUCACAGCUUUUCCAGAUGUGAAGGAGACAAAAAUCACCGAGGCAGACAAGUUUGUUGUGCUGGCCUGCGAUGGAAUUUGGAAUGUUUUAACAAGUCAGGAAGUUGUCGAUUUUGUGUCAGAAAGAUUGGAACGUCGCGGUGCUUCCGAUAGCGUCUCAUUAUCAAAAAUUUGCGAAGAGAUGUUCGAGAGAUGUUUAGCGGAGGAUACCUCGGGAGAUGGGACUGGCUGUGACAAUAUGACUGCCAUCAUAGUAUUGUUAAACGAUAGCAGAAAUCUUCAGCAUAAUGCAAAACGAAAGGCCGACGACAAGGCGGGCGAGAACGAUGCUAAAAAAUCGAAGACCGCAUGAGGUCCUGAUCGUUGAUGAAACUGGAUUGAGAAACAAUAACAGUGAUAACAUAGGUUUUUAUACAAAAUUUUGUUGCUCAGUCCAGUUUCAUGAUAGGGUCGGUGUUGUGUUGGAGCAUCCCGCAGAUAAAUGAUCCUCGUAUAUAUUAUAACUGAGCCUAUGUACAUUUCAGCUGACAAACAGCAGUUCUUAUUCGUAGAAAAAAGUGCUAAAAAGCUUCUAGUUCAGGCGACUCGAUCCCCAGUUAUUUUUCUUACGGAUUGUGGAAAACGGAGAGUAGGGAGAUUCAGCAUGAGGACGUGAACGUCAAAGACGACGUGAAAAUAACGAGUAAAUGGCGUGGAAUGUCCAUAUUUGGGCGCAUCACGCCAUUUAUUCGCCAUUUUCACGUCGUCUUUGACGUUCACGUCCUCAUGCUAAAUCGCCCUAAAAUUCUCUUCAGCACGUUCAUGGAAAAAUCCAUGUUAGGCCGUCGUAGUUACAAGUACAAUUUAUCGGUCAGAACACAUAGCUCGUAAGAAAACCGCAACUAUUUCAUCGCCUUUUAAGAAAAGUUUUAUCGCUAUAGCAAGUCACCACCUUUUAAAAUCAUUUUACGAAAACGUAUAAGUUUUUUCAAUCUAUCGUUAACUGUCAUCAAACACUAUAUUGGAUUUUCCUGUUCUUUUAAUUUAUUAAAUAAAGUUGAAUUAUU